AUGUCGUAUGCACAUAAGGCUUGUUUUUGCUUGGCAGGUGCAGCUGGCAACAAGAGGCGUAAGGAGGGAGAUAGUAGGAAGAGUUCAGUUGUUGAAGGCUUCGCGCUAUCCUCCUCAAACAACCUCGCCCGUCUCACGGCUCUGGCGCUAACGCACCUGCUGCUCGCGCCGGGCACCCCGCGCCUCCCCGCGCACACCCCUCUGAGGAGAGCGGCUGUGGACCUGCUGGGACGAGGGUUCACUGUCUGGGAACCUUAUUUGGACGUUAGCCAUGUGUUGUUGGGUCUCCUAGAGAUGUGUUCGGACGCUGACAAGCUGCUCCCGUCCAUGAGCUACGGUCUGCCGCUGACGCCGCAAGCCGACUCGUGCCGCACGGCCCGCCACGCGCUGACACUCAUCGCUACUGCUAGGCCAGCAGCCUUCAUAACAACAAUGGCGCGCGAAGUAGCCCGUUGCGCCGCCGCCCAGCAGUCGGGGCAGCCCUCGCCCGCCUACCUCGCGCUGCAGAAGGGCAGGGCGGAGGUGCUAAGGGGCAUAGAGCUGCUGAUUGACAGGAUGCACAAUGAAGUGGCUGAAUUACUGGUAGAGGUGAUGGACAUAAUCCUACACUGCGUGGACCAGUCGCACCUGAAGAGCAAGGGGCUGAACGAGGUGUUCCCCGCCAUCUGCCGCUACAACCAGGUCUCGCACUGCCCCGCCACUAGACGGAUUGCAGUGGGCAGCCACACGGGCCAACUGGCCAUGUACGAGCUCCGCGCCGGACGCUGCCAGAGCCUCGCGGCGCACAGCGGGCCGGUCUCCGCCUGUGCGUUCAGCCCUGAUGGACGAUACCUGGUCUCCUAUGCUACUGCUGAUAACAGGCUUAGCUUCUGGCAGACUACCGCCGGCAUGUUCGGCCUAGGCGCAGCUCAGACCCGGUGCGUGAAGUGCUACAGCACGGCGCCCAUGGCGGACGUGGCGCGGCUGAACCCGGCCCGCCUGGCGCGCCUCGUGUGGACCACGUCGCGCGCCGUCACGCUCAUGCUGGCCGACGGCUCCGAGACGCGGUUUAAUGUUUAGGCGGCCAUCUUGGAUUUUUAGGACGGAAGGAUGGAUUGCUAGUUUUCAGUCACAAGGAAAGCCGUUUUGAAAUUACACGUGCUUCAUUUUUAAUUUGCUAUUUAUAAUAUUGCAAUUCCAUAUUAUUUAUAUUUGUUUUAAACACUGAAGGCUCAGAGAGAAAAUGUUAAAUGCCGCCAUGUUGGAUUUAAUAACUGUAAAAUUUGAUAUUUGUCAAAAUAAAUUAGCAACCGAAAUUUUUAGAGCGGGUUAGGUACCUACAUGUCUGAAUACGAAGAUCCGAUAAUGAAAUGGAUUUUUAGUUUUCUAUGUUAGUUUCGUCACUAAACUGAACUCUGCAAU